CUCCCCACGAAAGCCAGCAUGGAGGACCCAAACCUAGCUAUCCGACCUGAUUUCUCCUCAGAGGAGUACAAUGAGGCAUGCCUUCAUUUGAUCAGUGACACUGUAGACAAUGAACAGGCAGCCCACAUCCUGGGCACCCUCUGGGAGAUCAACAACAACAGAGAAAAUGCACAUUGGACUGUGUGCAAAGCAGAGGAA